CCUAAUAGUCACACCAAACAAAUCCUUCAUGUCUCAUGUCUCUGCUUAGGCAGAAGGUGCAAUUCAGCCCCUCUACGUCCAUUGUUGUGGCACAUCAGCCCCUCUACCUAAAAGUAGAGCAAAUCAGCCCCUCCACUUGACAAAACCCGCAAAUCAGCCCUUCUGCUGACGAUGACCUCAUCAAAUGUCAUCUUUCCGUCCACAUCCUUGUUACUCCGUUACUAAGAAAUGGCUUGGUGUUGAUAUGGCAUUGGGUGGGUGAUGUGAUCAAUUUAAACUGCAAAAUUACUAAAGAGUCCUUAUCUACUUCCUUUUCUUCCAUUUAUCUUCUCUCUCCUCCUUCACAGUCUCUCUCUUCAUAUUGCUGUAGAUUUACUUUUUAUUUUCAAUAGUUUAAAUUAAAAUUUUUUUCAGAU